UGAAUUCCAAAGUGGAAUCAACUUCCUGUGGCUACGUCACUUCGGGAUCGGCAGCGAGCUGUUGAGCAACGCAGACACUCAGCGGGGUUUCGGGCUCGUUACGCUCAACUGUACCACGGAGGACAGGAGCCUCGACCUAGAGAAAGUAGCCUUGCCUGUUGUCAGGUUUAGGCUCCGGGAUUAAAGAGAUCUCCAGUCCCAACGCUUUCGUCGAAACUGCCUGUAGGGAUUCAUGCUGGUUUGGUUAGCUGAAUGCGGUACGAAGCUGCUAAAAUGAUGCCGAUGUUCUUGACUGUAUACCUCAGUAACAAUGAUCAACAUUUUACUGAGGUUCCCGUUACCCCGGAGACACUGUGCAGGGAUGUGAUGGAGCUGUGCAAGGAGCCCGGGGAAACGGAUUGCCACCUAUCAGAGAUGUGGCGUGGAUCUGAGAGACCUGUUGGUGAAGGUGAGAGGAUGCUGGAUUUACUCCAACGAUGGGGGCCGCACAGAGGAGAGGUGCGUUUCUUUCUGCGCCACAACCAAGCCCCUGGCAGAGAUUCUGGAGGGUCAAGAGGCUUAGAUUCAAAGAGAAAUGGAAUGAGAGCCCCCCCAGAAAGAAGGAUGGAGAAUGGGGUGCCAACUCCUCGGAUGGAUAUGACGUUAGCCGAGCUACAGGAGAUGGCCGCCAGGCAGCAGCAGCAGAUUGAAGCUCAACAACAACUGCUUGCUUCCAAGGAGCAGCGGCUGCGAUACUUGAAGCAGCAGGAGCAGCGUCAGCAGCAGCAGGCAUCUGAGCAGGAAAAGCUCCAGCGCCUCCGAGAAAACAUCGAGAACCAGGAAGUGCGACUCAAGAAGGUCCGGGCUCUCAAGGGCCAGGUGGAGCAGAAACGCGUCAGCAACGGCAAAUUAGUGGAGGAAAUCGAGCAAAUGAAUAACCUGUUCCAGCAGAAGCAGAAAGAGCUAGUGAUGGCUGCGUCCAAGGUGGAGGAGCUCAGUCGACAGCUAGAAACACUUAAGAAUGGCAAAAAAGACAACAUGCACGACAAUCAAAGCUCAAUGGCAGAAUUGGACCGCCUCUACAAAGAGCUGCAGCUGAGAAACAAGCUCAAUCAAGAUCAAAAUUCAAAGCUGCAGCAUCAGAGGGAGAAUCUAAAUAAGCGCAACCUGGAAGUGGCUGCCAUGGACAAACGGAUCAGUGAGCUCAGAGAUAGGCUGUGGAAGAAGAAGGCAGCCCUGCAGCAGAAAGAGAACUUACCAAAUGGCUAUCCCGCUAAAGAGAGGGCUUCAAAAGACGUUCACCGUCAGCUGCCCUCUGAUGCCCCAACCGGGCCACAGUCAGGUCCGUCUCGAGUGGCAGCAGUCGGCCCUUACAUCCAGUCGUCCACCAUGCCCCGGGGUCCAGCGAGGCAUGAUCUGCUUGUGAAACCAGCAUACCCAGACGGCACUGCCACCCUACCAGGCAGUGACUCUCAGAGCAAGGCCAAAACAGGUCUGCAGCCUGGCAAGCUGACAGACAGGAACUCUUCAGGUCAAGAUUCAAAGACCAAUGGGCUCGGCCCAGCUUCAACACUGCCCCGGAUGACCUCCCACCCCAACUCUAACAAAGAACAAGAUGAAUCUGAAUUGAAGAGAGACAGGAAGAUGCGCCCCCUCUCCAUGUUUGAGCCAACGGAAGCUCCCGCUACCUCUCUUCGCAAAAACCAGAGCAGUGAAGACCUGGUAAGGGAUGCACAGUCUGCUCCGAAGGCUGCAGUCAAGGUGCCCCCUCCCGUUCCCAUCAAACCAAAAGGUCCCAGUGUUUUGCCCUACAGCAAACAAGGCCUAAACACAGGCACCUUCCCCAAGGCAAAGCCCCACAGCCAGCAGCCCCAGACAGCCCAGGGCCGCAGCCCUCUCCCGCCCACACAGAGCCAGACACUCCCACUACCCUCCAAGCAGGACACUCCCCCUGCAGCUACGGUCCGACCUUUCACUCCAGAGCUUCCGUCCUCCAAAGACAGCAGCCUGACAAAGCCCCAAACCGUAGCAGCCAGCUCCAUUUAUACCAUGUACACUCAGCAGUCUGGUUCAGCAAAGACUUUCCAGCCCGUGAUCCCGGGAACCCUCAAUAGGGCUCAACCCCGCAACAACGGAUUUAUUAGUGUUUAUCGUAAACCAGUGACUCAAAGUGGAGGCUCCCUUCAUCUGGAGAACCCAUACCUGGAGCCCCGCUCCCUGGCCCCUGAAAGUGAGGUUGACGGUACUGGAACCAACCGUGCGAGUCCCAGCGUCUCCGAGGGCCCCCAGCCAGAAACCGAGCGCAUCCCCCGUCCUCUCAGCCCCACCAAGUUGCUCCCAUUUAUUUCUAACCCUUACAGGCAUCAGAGCGAUGGUGACCUGGAGGCCCUUAGAAAGAAGCUUUAUAAUGCCCCGAGGCCACUAAAGAAACGCAGCUCCAUCACUGAACCAGAGGGUCCGGCAGGGCCCAACAUUCAGAAACUGCUCUAUCAGAAGACCACUCUGGCAGCAAUGGAGACCACAGCUACCACCCCAACCACUCCGGGUUUUGCCAGAGAAUCAGAAAAGGUGGGCGAUCGAUCCGUGGGGCCAAAUUUUCAGAACUCACCAAGUGGUGCAGAACACCCCCCAACAGAAACGGGUCAGACUCUGGAGAGAGGAGAGCUCCCGUCUCACACUGCUGGUGCUAGUGUCCCACUUCCAACCACAACCGAACAGACCCUACCACCUUCAGCCUUUCCAGAUAGUGAGCUCAUUAUCCCACCUCCUCCACCGGCUCAUCCAGCUCCCAGACCUGACGACGCUCUCUUCCCUCCUCCACCCCCUCCUGGGUUGGAUGACACAAUGCCCAACUUGCCACCUCCACCUCUCGAUAGCUUUGUUGAAGAGUUCCCCCCCUAUCCCCCACCGCCAUACCCCAGUGGAGCAGAGCAGGACAGCUUAGGAGAGGACACGUUUAACAUGAAGGCACCUGAGGUCACCGGACAGGUCACACUGCCUCCGGGAAAAAGGACUAAUUUGCGCAAGCCUUGUUCUGAACGCAUCGAUCACAGCAUGAGGGUGAAGUUCAACCCGCUGGCUCUGCUGCUGGACUCGUCACUGGAGGGAGAGUUUGACCUGGUCCAGAGAAUCAUCUAUGAAGUGGAGGAUCCCAGUCAGCCCAACGAUGAAGGCAUCACAGCCCUUCACAACGCUGUGUGUGCCGGACACACCGAGAUCGUCAAGUUUUUAGUCCAGUUUGGCGUCAACGUUAACGCUGCAGACAGCGAUGGCUGGACACCUCUUCACUGUGCUGCAUCCUGCAACAACGUACAAGUGUGCAAGUUUCUUGUGGAGUCGGGUGCAGCGGUCUUUGCGAUGACCUACAGUGACAUGCAAACUGCAGCAGAUAAAUGUGAAGAGAUGGAGGAGGGUUAUUCCCAGUGCUCACAGUUCCUUUAUGGUGUGCAAGAGAAGAUGGGAAUAAUGAACAGGGGCGUGGUCUAUGCUUUGUGGGACUACACAGCUGAAAAUCCUGAUGAGCUGUCUUUCCGUGAGGGAGACUGUAUGACCAUUGUUCGCAGAGAAGAUGAUGAUGAGACUGACUGGUGGUGGGCCUGCCUGGGCGACACUGAGGGUUACAUUCCACGUAACCUGCUAGGGCUCUAUCCCAGAAUCAAACCAAGACAAAGAACCCUGGCUUGAAACGCAUGGAUCUCUGCACAUUUCCAGCCUGGCAGAAACUGUGGGAAAUGUACACAUUCACAUAGAGGCUAUAAAAGUCCAGAGGGAAGAUAAAGGACCCUGCCGAAAUGAAGAAACCAGGAUAAUAUGAAGGAUCAACUGUUUCUGGCACUUUGUUUUAUGUACAAUAGUGGAAUUCUCCCUCACAUAUUCUUUCCAGGUCUUCCAGUACUUAAGACACUAAAUUUCUGGUCCAUUUUUUUCUCUUCUUGUUUAUUUUUUUUUAUAAUUAUCUAAGACUGCAUUUAAAUUGACAGAAUUCCAAAUAUUGGUGACAACAGUACUUUUUUAAAGAUUCAUUGAAUGCCUUUUAAAAUAUUCCUUGUAUGCUGUUAUUUUCUAACACAUCUUUGGUUUUGGCACUGCAUGAAGUCAAAGAGCAGAUGAUGGUGAUGACGGUAUUGAUACAUUCUGCUACUGUAAUAGUCUUUGGCAGGUUGCUUGUUGGCAGUCCUUCCACUCUUUUAGAUAAACUCCUGGAAAAUGAAAUGACCAGGGAAGGAAGACGAUCUGAGCUGUGAUCGUUUACUUGCAUUUUAUUCUGUGGUCGAUGAUGCCUAGUGGCCCAGUCAACUUCUCUGCACUGGCAUGUGGUUGAGUGGCCAUAGAUGAUGUAUGGAGUACAUGUAUAUAUUUUAUUACAGCUAUUCUAUUAUGUUAUAGUUAUGCAGGACAAUAUGGCUGAUACUUUAAGCCUUAACUUCUUGCUAUCACUAAGAGGAAACGUGUGAAAAGUUAGAAUGAGAGUCAAACAGGCUGUAAUAAAAAAUAAAACAAAAUCUUAAAAAUAAUGUAACCUGUAAAAUCCACAAAGGUAGCUCAUCACAUAUCUGUGGGUGCAGAUGUAUUUAUUUUUGUUACUAUUUUCCUUAGCCUUUUCAUCUGAACUAUAAACAAAACUGAAUUGUAGUAUUUUAAACAUUUACAAUAAAAUACUUUGUACUAA